CUGGGCGUGGGGAGGGGGCCCAUGGUCGACAAGAUCCUGCAGGAGCUGAGGUGCCUCAUGGGGCAGCUGGACAGCUACGGAGGUGAGUGGGGGCCGGGCACCCCCCGGUGGGGGUCCCUCACCCCCUGAGGCCCGUGUCCCUCCCACUCCAGGCCGGCCCUUCCCCCUGGCCCUGCUCGGCUGGGCCCCCUCCAACAUCACCUUCACACUCCUCUUCGGCCGGCGCUUCGACUACCAGGAUCCCGUGUUCGUGUCCCUGCUGAGGCUUAUCGAUGACGUCAUGGUCCUCUUGGGGACCCCCAGCCUGCAGCUGUUCAACAUCUACCCCCGGCUCGGGGCUCUCCUCCAGCUGCACCGGCCUGUCCUUCGGAAGAUAGAGGAGGUGCGAGCCAUCCUGAAGAUGCUCCUGGAGACGCGGCGGCCCCCCGCGCCCGGGGCAGGCCCCGUGCAGAGCUACAUGGACGCCCUGAUCCAGCAGGGCCAGGGGAAAGACCCCCACGGCCUGUUUGCCGAGGCCGACAUGGUGGCCUGUGUUCUCGACAUGGUCAUGGCCGGCACAGAGACCACCUCCGCCACGCUGCAGUGGGCCGCCCUCCUGAUGAGCAGGCACCCGAGUGUGCAAGGCCGGGUGCAGGAGGAGUUGGACCAGGUGCUGGGGCCUGGGCGCCCCCCCCGGCUGGAGGACCAGCGGUCACUGCCCUAUACCAGCGCCGUGCUGCACGAGGUCCAGCGCUCCAUUACUCUCCUGCCCCACGUGCCGCGGUGCAUGGCGGCUGACACCCAGCUGGGCGGCUACCUGCUCCCCAAGGGCACACCCGUGAUCCCUCUGCUGAGCUCGGUGCUCCUGGACAAGACGCAGUGGGAGACCCCUCGCCAGUUCAACCCGGGUCACUUCCUGGACGCCGACGGGCGCUUUGUGAAGCGGGCAGCCUUCCUGCCUUUCUCUGCAGGUACCGCCUGCUGCCCCCACCGGGCCUCAGCCCUGGCGCCCUGGACACCACGCCCGCCCCGGCCUUCACCAUGCGGCCGCCAGCACAGGCCCUCUGCGCGGUGCCCAGACACGGGGGCUCUGCCCAAGCAGACCCGGGGAGGGUCUGAGUCACUCUCCCAGGACCCAGCUCGGGGUGCGUUGUGGAUGAUGGAGGCCGGACAAAUGGGUGGACAGCCCUCACUGUGCCCCUUGCCGGGCUCUUUGCCGUGGCCCCUGGGACCCCACCUGGGCCCGAUCGUGCUCUUUCGGGGGCCCAGCCCCCUGCCAAGCUCCCUUGCCCCGAGCCAUCUCUACCCCUCCUCCUCCCGUCUCCCUGGGGCAGCCGGGCCCCCUCCCCACCCUCCGCCCCCAGACCCCUUGGGCGGCAGCGCUGCCUCGGUCUGCACUCAGGUCCCCCCCAAACCUCAGGGUGCCUCCCGUUCCCCAGUGAGGUGCCCCCUUCCCGCACCCCACGCCUCCUGGGCUCCCGAUGCCUCCUCUCCACACCCACCUACCCUCCACGCUGCCCCCAUCAGGUUCCCCUCGGGGCCACUGCUCUUGGGGUGCGGGGAGGCGGCAGGUGGCAGGGUGACACCCACCUAGAGGCCGGCCUCAGACCCGCGUUCCCAGCUUGCUCUGUGCUGGGUCUCCCGCAGACCCCACCCUGUUCUUGGGGCUCCUGGGGGGCCGUAUCCAGGAGGCGCUCAGUCCUUGGAGCCAGGACCCUGAGCCCUGGUACGUGGGCCAAUCGAGGGUCAGCUGCUACCAGAGGCUUGGGUGGGAAGGGGAGCAGGGAGGACGCGGGGGCCCCCCCGAGCCAGUCAGCCUCAUACCCGAAGCCCAGCUCCCCGCCCAAGAUGUAUGGUAACUCCUAGGGCAGGGAUCUGUUGCUGACCGGGGACACCAGGUCAGGGGGGCCGAGUGGGGGGCUCUCCAGCCUGCGUCCAUGGGACACACUUCCCACGCACCCGGAAUUCAGUGAUCUGCGGUCGCGUACGUAUCUGGCAACCCACCGGCGGCCCGGGAGCCUGGCGGGAUGGGGUUUGGACUCCAGUCACCCUGGCCGCCCUCCCCCGUCCCCAGCCCUGGGUGGGGGGUGCAGGGGGCUGGCAGAGGCCAGGCAGCCUCUCCCUCAGGGGGAGGGGGCAGGGCCGUGGCCGUGGCCACGCGUGCUUCUGGAUGUGCCGUUCACAUGGUGGGCCCUGCGGGGGAGGGGGUAUGGACUGGGUAUCUUUUAUUUCUAGAAAGAGCUGGGUGCUGGGGGGUGGCGAGGAUUUUCUCUGUCGCCGGACUGCUUCUGUCUCAAACGUCUGACACCUGGGUGGAGGGGUCGGGGCCGCUUGAGUCUAGCGGGGUCACGCGCGACAAGGAGCGUGGAUCUCAUCCGAGUUCAUCCCGGCCAAUCAACUGACGGCAUCCUUCAGAGCGAGGCAGAACAUUCCGGAAUGGCUGUGGAAACCCUUCCAAGCAGCUCUUGGCUGAAGAGACUGAGCUGCUUGCGGGGGGGCGUGGUGGGAGGGGUUGGGCAGCCCGAAAAGGGAAAAGGUGAGCAUUAGAAGCGAAGGCAGCGGUUACGGGGGUCUCCUUUCUUUGUGGUGAACGUAGGGCUGCCAGGACCGCGUUUCCAGGAGCCACGCCCCCCGUAGGAGCUGGGCCCACGGCACCUGCCGGGGCGGUCCCGCGUCAGCCGGGCGGCGGGACGCACACACUGAACCGCGAUUUCCUAACUCACAGGAACAGGCGUCAAAACGAACCACUUUCCAAGGGGACUUAACUUUUCUCCUCAGAAUCCAAUAGGGUCGUUGCUGCUUUGGGGUAAUUGCUUUGAUUUGCCAAGAAUAAAUGUGAGAAGCUUUUGUGCUGGGCUUGGAAGGUGUAGAUCCCGGAGGAAAACGCUUCACAAACACGAUGCUCGCCCCGUGGCUGCAUCAGGGCUGGCGGCUCUGGUGGGAACGGGUCCCUGUGGGGGACCCCGGGAGCUGUGGCGGGACGUUAGGCAGGAGAUCCCCACGGCGACCCCAGGCGCCCGCGGCUCGGCUCCUCAGGCCUGUGGGCUGGUGCAGAUCUGAUGUGGGCCGGGCAGAAGGCUGGCGUGAGAGGGAUCCUCGGCCACCCCGGUCCAGGGCGCGGAAGGCUCUGGCACCCCCCUCACCCCUACAGGGGACCUCCGGGCCCCCUAUUCUCAGGCUCGCCUCACCCCUGUGGAGAACUGGCUGGGGCCCAGGAGAG